AGGAUGUAUUGAAUCCGCCAAUGACUCUUGUUCUCUCUCUUUCUGUUUCUCUCUCUCUAUCAUCAAAUUGGAGGUAACCCUUUCAGUUUCGACUUCGAGCCGCUUUGCCACUCCGUUACCUUUUGGAGUCAUAAUCAAUGAUGGCAGUCUUUAGAUUGUCAAGGGACAUUUACUCGGAACAGUAUCCCCAGGACUAACUUUUGCACAGGAGUUCGCUUGAAAAUUGCUGUAACUUGUGGAUUUAGAGAAUUUUGAGACUUCUUGACAUCAACUUUCACCAUUUGCUGCUGAAUCAUCUGGAUUGAGAUGGAUGACGGCUGUCAACAUGAAAAUGGUAGGCACAAGGUGGACUAUUACAGAGGAGCACAUUCCCCGUGGAAUUUGGCUCCUCAACAUCAAGCAAAGGAACCAAAUGCCUUAGUUAUGAAUAAGAAAAUUAUGUCCAUCAUAGCUGAAAGGGAAGCUGCUAUUCGAGAACGAAAUGCAGCGUUAUCUGAAAAGAAUGAAGCCUUGGCUGCUCGCGAUGAAGCCCUUCGGCAGAGGGAUGAAGCACUCGUUCAGAGGGAUAGUGCCAUAAUGGAACGAGAUAAUGCCCUUGCUGCCCUUCAAAUCCGGGAUAAUGCUGUCAACUUCCAAUUGGGUGGUGGAAUUCAACGUGGAUCAAAGCGAAUGCACCAUUCCUCAAACCAUCUUGUUGAAAUGGCAGAAGCAGCAUACAGCACAAAGGAUACUACCAUAACUGAGGCCUUCCCUGUGACUGUAAUAAAUUCUGAAGCUGUUAAAUCUCAUCAGGCCAAGAGAAAAAAGGAAGACAAGGAAAUUUCUUCUAAGGUGUUGAAGAGCAAAGGAAAGAAAAUGGGUGAGGAUUUAAAUAGGUCAGCUUCUUCUGAAGGAACUAAAAUUAAAUCCGAGUGGGACAGACAGGAUGUUGGCUUGAAUUUGGUUACAUUUGAUGAAACUACCAUGCCACCCCCAGUUUGCACAUGCACUGGAGUACCACGGCAGUGCUACAAAUGGGGAAAUGGCGGAUGGCAGUCAUCCUGUUGUACCACCUCCUUGUCAAUGUAUCCGUUGCCACAGCUUCCAAACAAGCGCCAUUCUCGAAUUGGUGGCCGAAAGAUGAGUGGAAGUGUCUUUACAAGACUGCUCAGUAAGGUAGCUGCAGAAGGCCGAGAUUUAUCUAUGCCAUUGGAUCUCAAGGACUACUGGGCAAGACAUGGAACAAAUCGCUACAUCACGAUCAAGUAGCAUGCAGGCAUGCAUAUGGCUUGGGCCACCCUCUGACUGGACAUUAUGUCAGCUUAUGCCUGGGUGAUGGUGAGCAUGAUAUGCUUAAAUUUUGUUAAAGGAAAGGGAUUUUUUGCUGAAGGCUAGUCCGUUACUUAUUUUAAGUAGUUGGUAUUGGCUAGAGCCAACUUCUAAUUUAUGAAUGGGAUAGCUAUGAAGUAUCUUUGUACAUGUGCAGUCUAGAUGUCCAGACCAAGGAUGGCUGCUUGUUUGCAGUCUUUACCUGUCCAGUAUGAAUAUGAAUCCCUUGUGAGACAAUUCUUCA